ACUAUUUCUUCAUCUUUUAUAGCUUACUAAAUUAAAGGAGAGUAUUUUAAAUAGUUAAUUUGAAAACCCUAAUUUGUUUUACUGAGAAGACAUCAGCAAGAAGAUGAGCAGCAGUGUCGAAGAAUCUCUGUCGUUAGAUUACCUAAACCUCUUAAUAAACGGUCAAGCUUUCUCUGACGUCACGUUCAGCGUCGAAGGCCGUCUAGUCCAUGCUCACCGUUGUAUCCUCGCUGCACGUAGCCUCUUCUUCCGCAAAAUGUUCUACGGAUCUGAUCCUUCACAAACGAUAACCGGUUCAGCUAAUCAAACCGGGUCAGGAACCAGAUCGUCCUCAGUUGGAGGAGUCAUACCGGUUAACUCGGUCGGUUAUGAAGUUUUCUUGCUUCUACUACAGUUCUUAUACAGUGGUCAAGUCUCAUUCGUACCGCAUAAGCACGAGCCAAGACUAAACUGUGGAGAUAGAGCAUGUUGGCACACGCAUUGCACUGCAGCCGUUGAUCUCUCUUUAGAUAUCUUAGCCGCCGCUCGUUAUUUUGGCGUCGAGCAGCUCGCGUUGCAUACUCAGAAGCAUUUGACAAACAUGGUGGAGAAAGCCUCCAUCGAAGACGUAAUGAAAGUGCUAAUAGCUUCAAGAAAGCAAGACAUGCAUCACUUAUGGACCACUUGCUCUUACCUAGUCUCCAAAUCAGGUCUUCCAACAGAGAUUCUAGCCAAACACCUCCCAGUGGAACUCGUGGCCAAGGUUGAAGGGCUUCGUCUUAAAUCUUUCAUGCCUCACCAGCAUGACCUAACCUCGGCUCUAGACCUAGAGGACCAGAGGAUCAAGAGGAUGAGGCGAGCAUUGGACUCCUCAGAUGUCGAGCUCGUGAAGCUAAUGGUUAUGGGAGAAGGACUCAAUCUAGACGAGUCAUUAGCUUUGGUUUACGCGGUGGAGAAUUGUAGUAGAGAGGUUGUGAAGGCACUUCUUGAGCUUGGAGCAGCUGAUGUGAACUAUCCGGCUGGCCCCACCAGGAAAACCGCACUCCACAUCGCGGCCGAGAUGGUCUCUCCGGACAUGGUAUCUGUAUUACUCGACCACCAUGCCAAUCCAAACGUUCAGACAGCUGAUGGUAUCACUCCUCUUGACAUCCUUAGAUCCCUAACGUCCGAUUUCUUAUUCAAGGGGAUAGUUCCUGGAUUGGCUCACAUUGAGCCUAAUAAGCUUAGGCUUUGUCUCGAGCUGGUGCAGUCUGCAGCAUUGGUGAUUUCCAGAGAAGAAGGCAAAAAUAACAACACCGUGAUCUACCCUAGGAUGAAAGACGAGCACACGAGCGGGAGUAGUUUGGAUUCAAGAUUGGUUUAUCUUAACCUUGGAGCUGUAAAUCAGGAUCUCAGAGAUGAACAUGGCAAUCAAACGCAUUAUCAGCAUCAUGACCCGUCAAUGAUGUAUCAUCAUCACCACAACCACCACUUCUAGGUUUUUCUAGAACAAUCGUUUUCUAACUAUGAUAAGAUAUUCAAGAACUAGUUGAUUUUUGUUGUUGUUGUGGUCUUAUUUUUUACGUGAGUAUGGUAUGCCAACAAAAGUAAACGUUUGUUCCAAUGAAAGUGGAAGGAAAUGAGAAGAGAAGGAGGCCACAUACAACAUCGUCAUAUCUUUCUUUAUAUAUAUAGGGUUGAUAUUGUAUGAUUUGUAUCUACUUAAAAUUUAGUGGUGAUUGGUGAACAUAGCAUUGUU